CAUCAAACUGACAACCACCUCGUCUCGCACUCUCCGCUACUCUUUGGAUUCUUUCUCGAAGGCGAUACCGAUUCGACUCGACUGGGAACCCCUGACCCAUUCGACUUGUCAGAUUCAAGGCUUUUCAAUUCUCCAGUACGGUCUCUUUUUAUAGAUGCUGUCUUUCAACGCCAUGCGCAUCUCUCUUUCGUUCUUUCUUUUCUUGACCCGUUCGAGAACUCAGUAGCUGUGUCUAUGGCUCUCUUCUGCUCUGCUUCUAUCUGCUUCAAUGGCGUCGGAUCAAAUCGUCACCAUCCGAUGGAGUGGUGCACUGGAUCGACGGCUUUUAGGAGGGGAGUAGUCAAAGCGACACCUUCUUUUUCUUCUUCUUCUUCGCAGUUGCCGGUGCAUCUGAGGAGAUGCGAAGGCACUACAAGAGCAAUUUCGGGUGAUAAUGGCUCGCCUGAUACAAAUGAAUCCCCACUCGUAGUGAGCUUUGGAGAAAUGCUUAUUGAUUUUGUCCCUACUACCAAUGGGCUUUCGCUGGCUGAUGCACCUGCAUUUAAAAAGGCUCCAGGAGGUGCCCCUGCUAAUGUUGCUGUUGGCAUUGCUCGGCUUGGUGGUUCAUCUGCUUUUAUUGGAAAGGUUGGUGAAGAUGAGUUUGGGUAUAUGCUUGCUGAUAUUUUAAAGGAAAAUAAUGUAAAUAAUAAGGGAAUGCGUUUUGACCCUGGUGCUAGGACUGCUCUAGCAUUUGUCACUUUGAAGAGUGAUGGUGAACGUGAAUUCAUGUUUUACCGUAAUCCAAGUGCUGAUAUGCUGCUUGAAGAAUCUGAACUUGAUUUUGAUCUCAUUAAGAAGGCAAAAGUUUUCCAUUACGGUUCUAUAAGUCUGAUUACGGAACCAUGCAAGUCAGCCCAUAUCGCUGCAGUGAAAGCUGCAAAGGAUGCUGGCGUGCUUCUGUCUUAUGAUCCUAAUUUGAGACUUCCACUUUGGCCAUCACCAGAAAGUGCAAGAGAAGGAAUACUGAGCAUAUGGGAGACUGCUGACGUUAUUAAGAUAAGCGAAGAAGAAGUGUGCUUUUUGACUAAAGGUGAAGACCCAUAUGAUGAUGCUGUUGUUCGCAAGCUAUUCCAUCCAAAUCUCAAGUUGCUGCUUGUGACUGAGGGCCCAGAUGGUUGCAGGUAUUACUCUAAGGAUUUCAAUGGGCGGGUCAGUGGAUUAAAGGUAGAAGCAAUCGAUACGACUGGUGCUGGUGAUGCUUUUGUUGCAGGAAUACUAUCACAAUUAGCUACUGAUUUUUCGUUGCUUCAGGAUGAAGAUCGACUGAGAGAGGCUCUCAAGUUUGCAAAUACAUGUGGGGCAUUGACUGUGAUGGAGAGGGGAGCCAUUCCUGCAUUACCAACUAGAAAGGCUGUGCUUGAUGCCGUGCUUCAGCUUGCUGCAUAGAGCUCUCAGUGGCUAGACAGGUGGUGCUCGAUAACUUGCUUCAACUUGCGGCAUAGAUCUGAAGACAUAAUCUCCCUUCACAAGGUAGUAGUUGAAAUGUUCCUAAUGUUUGAUGAUGCAAGCCAAUGCAAUUUGGGGAUUGUAAGCAUACAGAAUGCAGGCCAUCUCCAUUGUUGAUAAUGCCCCAUCUAAGGUUUAUUUUGGGAUUCUUAGAUUUUGGCAGGAUUACUAUAGAUAGAUGUAGCAAUAAGAAUAAGAUCGCUUGAUGCUUCAUAUUUUGCUCCCAAUUGUCAUUUGAUCCUAGAUACGAUCCUUGUCAGCCAUCCGUUGCAUGUAGUCAUGAGUCAGCAUGUGAAUCAUCAUAGUUGUUAGUGGUAAUGAUGAGUCAACAUAUGUGAGCUACCAUUUAAGAUGUUGGAAUGUAGCUAGAUGUGGGUGUGAAUUUGUAUUUGCUGUUGAUGAGAUUGAAUAAGCUAUUUUUAGGCAUGAGUUUUAUUUGAAUAAUAUUGUACGUGGAAGUGUUAUUGUUGUAAAAGGAGUAUGAAUGAUAUAAAUCUUUUCUAAAGGUGUUGUUUCACCUUUCUUGUUGUCAUCA